CGUAAUUGCACCUUUUAGACACUACGACGUCGUUGAAGCCCCCUCUCUCUCUCUACUUGAGAGGUGGUGGAUUGGCUGUAAUUUUGUUUUUGGCUGAUGAGAUUAAGAUUUGGUGGGGGAAGGUGAAGAAAUCAGUGAAACUGUAAUUGAAGAUGUCUGGAAACGAGGAUGUGAAACAACUGAAAGAUUGCUCUGUAUCAAAUGCAUUGGGCACAUGGGUAUUUUCGGUGGCUGGUGCUUUGAUAGCAAUACCGGUUGGUAUUAAACGGAAAUCUCUUGCACCACUUGUCUUCUUUGGGACAACUGGCACAAUGCUCGAUAUUAUCAUGGGAGUUACUGCCUGUGAAAGGGAACACGCCGAACGCCAAAUGCAGCUUUUGGAAGCUCAAAAUUCUGCUUCUUCGGCUGCAGCCAACGACGGUGACGAGUAUUGACGAAGUUAAAUUAUAUGCAAUUUAAUUAAUUCUCCUCAAAUUAGUUUGUCUUAAUUUGUUGUAAAAGACCAAUGGCCGGGGAUUAUAAGCUGUAGAUUGAGAUUUUUACAUGUUGAUUUUCCAUUCUGAAUUUCAAUAAAGUGUAAUUACGAAAAAACCCCUUAUUUUUGAUAAAUUACAUCCAACCCCAUGCAGUUUAUAAAUUUCUUACAUCCACCCCCUACAAAAGGGUGUUAAUGUAAGAAACCUACAAAUUGCAAGGGGUGGAUGUAAUUAUGAAGACAUGAGGGGUUUUUCGUAAAUAGACCUUACCUCUGAUGGAUUGUAAUUUACCCCUUCUUUUUUUGGUCCUUAUUUUUUUCAUGACUGAAAGUUGUGUUUAAAAUAUUUUUUGCAUACAUCAGAUUCACAUGAA